AAAUAUGGCUUGAAAAUCAAAGCCAAAUUGUUCAAGUGAUUUGCCAGUAAUCAAACCCUUCCCCCCAAAAAGACAAAACAAAAAAAUGUGUCCGUCGGAAAGAAACUUGAGACGGCCGGAAAAUCGAGUUCCGGCACCGGAAACCGAUUUCAGAUCGGCAUUCGAGGUACUCGACGCGGAUCGCGACGGGAAGAUAAGCAGAGACGAUUUAAGAAGAUUUUACGCUGGAUUUUCGUACGGUUCCGAAGAUGCCGACGAAAUGAUCGGGGCGAUGAUUUCGUUAGCGGAUUUAAACAGCGACGGAUUCGUGGAGUACGACGAGUUCGAACGCGUUUUAGGAGGGUAUAAUAACAAAAAGAAGGUAUCAAGUUACGGUGUAAUGGAAGAUGUUUUCAAGGUUAUGGAUAAAGAUGGAGAUGGAAGAUUAAGCCACGAAGAUUUGAAAAGUUAUAUGAACUGGGCUGGGUUUUCGGCUUCAGAUGAAGAUAUUAAAGCGAUGAUUAGAUUGGGCGGUGGUGAUGAUAAAGGUGUUUGUUUUGAUGGUCUGCUUAAGAUUUUAGCUGUUGAUUUUUCUGGCUAAUUUUAGAGUUUUUUUGGUGAGGAUUGAAAUGAUGAAUCAAAUUGAAAUCAAUAAUUGUUGAAAAAAAAUGCUAAGAACGUGUCUUUGUUCAUCAUUUCUCUUCUGCAAGAAAUGUAAGAUCAUUUUUUUUAAUGCAAAAAAAAAACCCUCUUAAAAAAAAAAAUCUCUAAUAGUUAAAUUGUUCAUCAUUUUAGAUGUUACGCUGCUCGUAUUAUUUUUAGAGCUUCUCAUUCACUUGUAAUUCAACAAAAAGACAAAAAAAAAUUAUGACUUUAAUGUUUAAACUUUUCAUUCAUCCGCA